AUGGACAACAUCUUGGAGAUUCUACAGACCAUUUAUAUUGGUGCAUUCGUUGCAACUUUCCUUUUAAACACUGGACGUAUUAUAAAAGCAGUAGACAUCUUUAACGAAUGUUUGGUGCUCCUUAACAGUAAAGCCCUAGAAGCAGUCAAAGAACUUACCACACCAUUUCUUAUCCAUGUAUACGAUAAACUUCUUGAUGGCUAUACUCGUGUGUACGAUCACACCCGUGCGAUAGAAUGUGGUAAAAAGCUUCAAGUGACACUAAAAAAUAGUGGCUUAAAAGAAGGAGAAGGGAAGACAUUAAUUAAACUAGCGAACAUCUACUAUCAAAGAAGCAAAUACGAGGAAGCAAAACAGUUUUACCAGAAGGCACUCAGCAUCAUGAUUGAGACCGGAAAUAAUUGCGAAGUUGGAACAUGUUACGCAAAUCUCGGAGCUGUGUUUCUUUCUGUUGGUCAAUAUACCAAGGCUGAAGAAUACCUUCAGAAAGCACUAGUGAUCAGGAAAGAAAUCGAUGACAAAGAAGGAGAAGCAUCUGCUUAUGGAAAUCUAGGAACUGUGUUUAUUUCUGUUGGUCAAUAUACCAAGGCUGAAGAAUACCUUCAAAAAGCACUAGUGAUGAGGAAAGAAAUCGAUGACAAAAAAGGAGAAGCAGCAGAUUACGGAAAUCUAGGAACUGUGUAUCAAUCUGUUGGUCAAUAUACCAAGGCUGAAAAAUACCUUCAAAAAGCACUAGUGAUCAGGAAAGAAAUCGGUGACAAAGAAGGAGAAGCAUCUGCUUACGGAAAUCUAGGAACUGUGUUUAACUCUGUUGGUCAAUAUACUGAGGCAGAAGAAUACCUUCAAGAAGCACUAGUGAUCAGCAAAGAAAUCGGUGACAAAAAAGGGGAAGCAUCUGCUUACGGAAAUCUAGGAACUGUAUUUAUUUCUGUUGGUCAAUAUACGAAGGCUGAAAAAUACCUUCAAAAAGAACUAGUGAUCAGGAAAGAAAUCGGUGACAAAGAAGGAGAAGCAUCUGCCUACGGAAAUCUAGGAACUGUGUUUCAAUCUGUUGGCCAAUAUACCAGGGCUGAAGAUUACCUUCAAAAAGCACUAGUGAUCAGGAAAGAAAUCAGUGACAAAGAAGGAGAAGCAUCUGCUUACGGAAAUCUAGGAACUGUGUUUCAAUCUGUUGGCCAAUAUACCAAGGCUGAAGAAUACCUUCAAAAAGCACUAGUGAUAACAAAAGAAAUCGGUGACAAAAAAGGAGAGGCAUCUUCUUACGGAAAUCUAGGAACUGUGUUUCUUUCUGUUGGUCAAUAUGCCAAGGCCGAAGAAUACCUUCAAAAAGCGCUAGUGAUCAGGAAAGAAAUCGGUGACAAAGAAGGAGAAGCAUCUGCUUACGGAAAUCUAGGAAAUGUGUAUCAAUCUGUUGGUCAAUAUACGAAGGCUGAAGAAUACCUUCAAAAAACACUAGUGAUGAGCAAAGAAGUCGGUAACAAAGAAGAAGAAGCAUGUGGUUACGGAAAUCUGGGAACUGUGUUUCUCUCUGUUGGUCUAUAUACCCAGGCUAAAGAAUACCUUCAAAAAGCACUAGUGAUCGGUAAAGAAAUCGGUGACAAAAAAGGAGAAGCAUCUGCUUACGGAAAUCUAGGAACUGUGUUUAACUCUGUUGGUCAAUAUACUGAGGCAGAAGAAUGCCUUCAAGAAGCUCUAGUGAUCAGGAAAGAAAUCGGUGACAAAAAAGGAGAAGCAUCAGAUUAUGGAAAUCUAGGAACUGUGUUUCUUUCUGUUGGUCAAUAUUCCAAGGCUGAAGAAUACCUUCAAAAAGCACUAGUGAUGAGGAAAGAAAUUGGUGACAAAAAAGGAGAAGCAUCAGAUUAUGGAAAUCUAGGGACUAUGUUUCAAUCUGAUGGUCAAUAUACCAAGGCUGAAGAAUACCUUCAAAAAGCACUAGUGAUCAGGAAAGAAAUCGGUGACAAAGCUGGUGUUGGAGUUUCAUACUUAAAUCUGGGAAAACUUUGUCUAGAAUUUCAGCUUACUGCAAAGAGUCGAGAAUAUGCUAAUGAAGCACUUGAGAUAAGUUACGAAAUAGGGGACAUUGAACUGCAGUUUAACAGCCACCUUACCAUUGCUCUGAACGAGUUAGUGGCAGGAGGAAGCAUAACUGAGCUUCUGCGAAAUCUGCAUGAAAGCAUUCAGAAGUUCGAAGAAAUGAAUGAUUUUUUAAGAGUGAAAGAUCAAUUCAAAAUUUCUUUUUUUGAUAAGCAUGUGUCCCCUUACCUUCUUCUUUGUAGGUUGUUAACUGCUUCAGGCAACUAUUAUGAAGCCCUUUACGUUGCCGAGCUUGGACGAUCCAGAGCACUGACAGACGUACUGUCAGAUAAGUACUCUGUAGAAAAAGUGGUAUCAGUCAACCCACAGUCAUGGUUUGGUAUUGAGAACAUUAUGAACAAAAAUGCACUUAGUUCUUGUCUUUAUGUUUCCUGCUUCGAUGAUAAUAUGUAUCUUUGGAUCCUUAAGCCGAACAAAAUUAUAGUUUUUCGACAAACGAGACUCCAGGAUAGUGCAGAUAAAGUGUUUGGAAAUCAGACAUUUGGUGGCUCUCUUGAUUUACGUCAAGACCAAUUUGAAGAUCGAUCAUUAUUUUCAUGUGUAAGUUCCUCGCUAUCAUGCAAACAAUCUCAGAGUGACAGCUUCGAAUCUUUGCGUCUUAUCGAAAAAGAGGAAGACGAAAAUCACGACUCUAAACUUUUAACCCUUGCUGAUGGUUACAACAUGAUAGUCGCUCCUGUAGCUGACUUACUCCAAGAAUCAGAAGUCAUUAUUAUACCGGAUAACUUGUUGUAUCCAAUUCCUUUUGCUGCUUUAAAGGAUGGUAAUGGAAAGUAUUUAUCGGAUACUUUCAGGAUUCGCAUUGUCCCUUCCUUGACGACUCUUAAGUUGAUUCAGCUCUGUCCAGCAGACUACCAUAGUAAAACCGGUGCACUGAUCGUAGGGGAGCCAGACGUUAGUGAUGUAUACUACCAAGGAAAAAUUCUAAAGUUAAAGCCACUGCCUUGGGCGAAAGACGAAGCAAAGAUGAUUGGGCGACUGCUCGGUGUUCAACCGUUGCUUGGAAAGGAUGCAACUAAGCAGGCAGUCCUGGAAAGCAUGCAUUCAGUAAGUCUCAUUCACUUCGCUGCUCAUGGUUAUGCCGAACGUGGAGAAAUAGCUCUUUCCCCUAUAAGCUCCCGCGGAACUCCACACGAAGAAGACUACUUAUUAACGAUGGCUGAAAUUUCACAAGUUCGACUAACAGCCAAGCUGGUUGUCCUUAGCUGCUGUCAUAGUGCAAGUGGUCAGAUUAGAGCUGAGGGAAUUGUUGGAAUCGCUCGAGCAUUUCUAGCAUCGGGUGCACGGGCCGUGUUGUCAGCACUGUGGGCUGUAGAGGACGAAGCUACCAUGUGGUUUAUGGAUCGUUUUUACGAGCACCUUGUUCAUGGUGAAAGUGCCAGUGAAUCUCUUCAUCAGGCCAUGAAGUCGAUGAGAGAGACUCGCUUUUCUGACGUCAAGCAGUGGGCACCCUUUAUGCUGAUUGGAGAUGAUGUGACAUUCAAAGGUUUGUAUUUGAUA